UGACAUCUUGGCAUUUGUUUGUGUCUGCCUCAUUCAAGGGAAGAUCCUGAGAACGUGAUUAUCUGGGCGAGGUGAUUUUUUUGUCCUGAUUAUUGUCUGAAGAACAUAGCCCAGUAUCAUGGAGAAAUUCAAGGCAGCCAUGGUUCUGGGUGGUGUUGGUGAUGCCUUGGGCUAUCGGAAGGGCCACUGGGAAACAUGCCCUUCAGGCAGGAAGAUCCAGGAGGAACUGGCCUCUAUGGGAGGUCUGGGGGCCCUAAAACUGGACCCUGAUAAUUGGCCCCUGAGUGAUGCAACGCUGAUGCACAUGACCACAGCAGAGGCACUCAUAACAGAUUACUGGUGUCUGGAGGACCUGUACCGGGAGCUGGUGCGUCUCUAUGUUGAAGCCAUGGUGUCUCUCCAGGGCAGAGUCCCUGAUCCUUUCACAGUGGAGGGCUGUGCUCACCUCAAACCUCACAACUUCCUGCUCGCCUGGCAUACUCCCUUCAAUGAAAAAGGGUCUGGGUUCGGGGCAGCUGCUAAGGCCAUGUGUGUGGGUAUGAGAUACUGGCAACCUGAGAGGCUAGACAGCCUGAUUGAGGUUGGCAUUGAGACUGGCAGAAUGACCCACAACCAUCCCACAGGCUUCCUGGGCUCCAUGACAACGGCACUGUUUGCAUCUUAUGCGAUCCAGGGGAAACCUCUUGUGACUUGGGGCCGUGAGCUCAUGAAGGUCAUCCCUCGAGCUGAGGAGUACUGCAAGAAGACUAUACGACACAUGGCAGAGUAUCAGGAAAACUGGUUUUACUUUGAGGCAAAGUGGCAGUUUUAUCUGGAAGAGAGAGAGAUAGAUAAGGAGGGACAGAAUAAACCUUUAUUCCCUGAUCGCUAUGAUGCUGAGGAGACAGAUAAGACGUAUAAGCGCUGGAGUUCAGAGGGUCGUGCGGGCCGGAGGGGACAUGAUUCCCCCAUGAUAGCCUACGACGCUCUUUUGGCAGCUGGGGGCGACUGGGCUGAACUGUGUAAACGAAGCAUGUUUCAUGGAGGUGAGAGUGAAGCCACAGGCCUGAUCGCAGGUUGUCUCUAUGGCCUCAUGCAUGGCCUGAACCAGGUUCCCCAGAGCUUGUACCAGGAUUUGGACAAAAGAGAGCGACUGGAGGAGCUGGGAGAUGCACUUUACAAGGCAGCAUCUGCAGAGAAGUGCAUAGACAAGUAAUCCUGCUCCUUCACUGGCCCGAACUCUACUGGCUAUGAGAAGAACUGCACAAUGAUGCUAAACUGCUUCCUUUUGUCCCGCACUACCCUCUAGUCUGCCGUGGCAGUAUCUCCAUAGUCUUAAGUGGCAUCCUGUCCUCUCCUCACCACUCCUUCUCUGCUUGAUUUUGCUGUCCGCUAUCCACAGAUCUGUCACGAAUCAUAAAAGUUAAAGCACCUCUCACUGUAGUUGUGAGGCGGAGAAAAAUGAAAAGGCCAUUUAGAGUGUUGAGUUUCAUGAAUGCUUUUCUUCAAGAUCAUCUCUCUGGUAUAACAUCUGGAAUAAGUCUACUCUACAUAUUGGAUACUGACUUUUAAGCCUACUGAACAUGCCUCUAUUCAAUUCA